AUGUCUAUCCAUACACCUCCUCAUACUCCAACUCGACCUCAUCCUCCCUCUUAUCCUCUCUCUCCCCCUCAACCUCCCCCUCCCCCUCGACCUCAACUACAACUCAUGACACCAAAGAGAGCAACUACAAAGUCAUACAUCCCAACUCCUGCUGCUUCACGUCCUUCAUCUCCUAUCCCUUCUCUCACAAUCGACACAGAGAAACCAAGGAGAUCAUCAACAAGCAUAUCACGCACUCCUUCUUCACUCUCCCUCCCUCUCCCUCUUCCCCUCCAACACACUUCCCUAGGUCUCACAAAACGUCACAGAAGACUCACAGCUCUCCUCCUCACAUCCCUCUUCCUCCUCCUAGCACUCGCUUACUCCCUAUUUCACCUCUCAUCAACAGGCCGUCUUCUCCCAAUCGACGUCCUCCUCUCCCACCCAUCCUCACCCCCCACAACCCCAUCAACCUACAAUGCCCGCCCCAAACCCCCUCCCUUGCCCCCACUCCUUCUCUCUCCAGAAGAAGAACUCGCAGCGCUCGUAUCCCACCUCGCCUCCGUCCUGGACACCAACUCCCUCCCAGCAGAAAUAGACCCCUCGCUCCCGAUCGAUCCUGAUUAUCUACUGGGGUUCGACACCCGAGGCCCGGAUAGGGAGACAGUGGAUGCUAAAGUGAGGGAUAUGGUUGCCGACACGUGGGCUACACUGCCAGUAGUGGUAUUCACCAAGGUGCCCCCCCUCCCCCCCGCACGCUCGUUCGUUGCUCACCCCCUGCAGGCAGGCCCAAGGAGCAGAGAAGUCCUCUCAAUCCUUUCAUCCUACUCGCUCACCCCAGCCCCGCUCGAGAUAUCCCUCGACAGCACCCGGCCAGACUCUCCCCUCCUCCUCCGCGCCUUAGCCAGGCUCACAGCUUCCUCCCUCCCUACCUCCUCCACUGAGGGAGAGGUCUCACUCCCCCUGCUGCUGUUGGGAGGGAAAGCGGUACAUAGGACUGUGAGGAACUUGCAUGCGAAUGGGGAGCUGAGGGGGAUGUUUAGGGAGGCUGGGGUAGGGGUGGGGAGGAACCCGCUGAAGGAUACGAAGAGGUGA